AUGUACGCCAAAGGUGCAACACGCGCCUUUCAUUCCAAUGCCCGGCGAUUCUCCACUGCCACAAGUUUCCAAGCACCAUCAGGUCUCAAGAUCAAUUCUGAGAGGCUGUGGAACACAUUGCACGAAACUAGCGAAUGGGGUGCUGCACAUAAAUAUGGCGAAAACCCAACGGAUACUGGCAUGGCACGGUUGACUCUCAAUGAUGAUGAUGCCCGUGUGCGCAAGUGGUUUGCUACCGAAGUUCAAAAGCUGGGAUGUUCUCUUUCUAUUGAUCAGAUGGGUAACAUGUUCGCAAGACAGCCGGGUCGGCUGAACUCGACUGCUCCAAUGAUUGCAAUGGGAAGCCACCUCGAUACUCAACCUCGUGGCGGUCGGUAUGAUGGCAUUCUUGGUAUUAUGGCCGCACUAGAGGUCCUUCGGACGAUGAAUGAAAGUGGUUUCCGGACUAAUUUUGAUGUUGGAGUGGUAAAUUGGACCAAUGAGGAAGGCGCACGUUUUCCCAAGUCCAUGUGUGCUUCUGGCGUCUGGGCCGGUGCUAUUCCAAUUCGAAAAGCUUGGGACUUGCGCGAUAUUCAUAAUGCCAAUGUCACCCUUCGCUCCGAACUUGAAAGGCACGGUUUUCUGGGUGAGAUUGCUUGUUCCAGCGAUCCGAUUACCGGAUACCCACUUGGAGCUCAUUUCGAGUUGCAUAUUGAGCAGGGUCCGAUUCUCCUAGAAAACAACCGAGCAAUCGGUGUUGUCCGCGGUGCUCAAGGAUACAGGUGGUUGACUAUGACCGUCCACGGGAAAGACGCACACACUGGAACAACACCGUUCACUGCCCGCCAGGACCCCUUGCUCGCAUCCUCAAGAAUGAUUGCAGCUUCGCAUGAUAUCGCUAAGAAGCACAAUGCCCUAGCCUCUACUGGUAUUAUCAAGGUUCCCUCGAACGCAUCCACCAACACCGUCGCAUCGCAAGUGACUUUCACGCUUGAUAUUCGUCACCCACAGGAUAGUGUUGUCCACGCCGUGCAGGAGGAAUGUCUUAAGGCAUUUGACACUAUUGCAUCCCAGGACGGCAAGGGAGUGUCCUUUGACUGGACAUUGGAUACGGACUCCCCGGCUGUCAAGUUCGAUGACGACUGCGUGGCAUCUAUCCAGGCGGCCGCAGACCAACUCGUUGGUCGGGCGAAAUCGAUGCUCAUGACCAGUGGUGCAGGACAUGAUACGGUCUACACCAGCCAGCACUGUCCCUCAGCUAUGAUUUUUGUUCCGUGUCUGGAUGGUGUUAGCCACCACCCGACAGAAUUUUGUAGCCCACAAGAUUGUGCCCUUGGCACCCAAGCUCUUCUUGAAGCGGUUGUGCAUUAUGAUCAAUUCCGGGCGAAGAAAGAUCACUAA